AUGGCCUCACCUGCCCCCUCCAACAUCUCCGCCGACGCCCAACCAACAAAAGCCCAGGAACAAAUCACCUUCCGCUUCUGCCGCGAAUGCAGCAACAUGCUCUACCCGAAAGAAGACCGCAUGACCAACAAACUCAUGUUUGCCUGCCGGACCUGCCAGUUCAGCGAAGAAGCCAUCUCCAGCUGCGUGUUCAGGAACAACAUGUACAACACGGUGGGGGAGACGGCCGGGGUGACGCAGGAUGUGGGGAGUGAUCCUACGCUGCCGCGAUCGAACAAGGAGUGCCCCAGCUGCCACGAGCCGGAAGCGGUGUUCUUUCAGUCGCAGCAGCGGUCGGCGGAGACGGGCAUGAAACUUUUCUACGUGUGUUGCAGUUGCGGGACGAUUUUCCAGUAG